AAUGGUUACUACUAAAAAGGUUGCGCAACUAUUGGACUCUACUGAAUAAUGACUUACUACGAGUUCAACCCAUUUACUGGACGUUUGAAAGAAUCUACAAGAUUUCAACCAUAUUAUCCAUUAAAACCUAGUGCAUUAAGUAAAGUAGAACAAACAUUAAUUUGGGACACUAUGAAAACCAAACCAGCAGAAGUUAAGUCAGCUGCUUCAGUUUCAUCUAGUAGCUCAUCCGUUGAUCCUAAACUUCUUGAAAAAUAUAAAUUUUUCCAGAGGGAUAUCCAUAAACCAGUUUACUUAAUGGGAGGAACAAAAGAUAAAAUACUGUUUGGCAUAACAAUUGCUCUAACAUGUUACAUUGCUGUUGAUACAGCAAGAUUUUUGUAUGAUCUUUCAAAGAAAUAAAGUAUUAAAUAAGUGUACAUUAUGUAGAGAUAUAGAAAAAUA